AUGGAUAUAUUUUUUUUUCAAAUCUCUGCCAAAAUUGAGUUUACCAACAUGAAAUGCACAUCCUUUGACAAAGAUUUUAGCGACUUUGAGUAUUGCUAUAUAAAAUCCAUAAAUAGGACCUACAAAUACAUUUCAUUGAAAGUGAAGUUGUACAAAGUACCAAUAACAAAUAUCACUGUUAAUUUUUCGUUUAUGAAGCGCACGAAUGGCUAUAAACCAUUUCUCUACAACAUUACUGCGGAUGCCUGCAAGUUUCUGAAAAAUCCAAAAUCGAAUCCGGUUUUAAUCUAUAUGUAUGGGUUGUUCAAAACCUACUCCAAUAUGAACCACACGUGCCCCUACGAUCAUGACGUUAUUUUGGAAAAGCUUUAUACGGAUUUUAUCAAUAAUCAGUUCACAAAAAUUUUGCCCUUUCCCGAAGGUGAUUAUUUGUUCCAAACUCAUUGGAUGGCGUAUGGUAUUCUACGAGCCACUGUAAAGGUGUACGUCACUUUAAAUUAA